AUGUACUUGCGCGCACGGGCAACCUCGCCGACGCCGGACCUAGUGCUUGUGCCGCCUACGCCGGUGAACAGGAUACACCCAGAGAGCGGGUCACAGUCGUCGUCGCCAUCAGCGUCGAGCACCCCGCCCACGCCCGAGCUGACGACGACCGAGGAGCGCAGUUCGAGCGAAACUAUCGAGAUUUAUUCCAUGUACGACGGCGACAACGGGAGAAGCGAGGAGCAUAGGCACCCAUCACGGAAGGAGACCCACAGCUCGAACAAUUCGCAUGGCAGCUCGGCCUACUUCAGCGCAUUCACUGCCUCGGAAGAUGCCGCGAACGACGACUCGCCGUACAUGGGCAUUGAGCCAGACGUCGCCCUCGACUACCGGCACUCGCGCAGAGUCAAGGCCCUGCCCCAGCCACCGGACCGGGACACCCGCUUCCUGUCACCGACUCCACCGACCAGCCGGCCAGGGUCGACGGUGCCGCAUUCACCGACGCCGCCUCAGCCGCUGUACGCUCCACAGGCCUCGACUUCUCCGCCUCCCACGCACAUCACGCCGAGCACGUCGCGCCAUGCGUCCCAUGCGUCUGUCACCACUCGGACUUCAAACCCUUCGCCGCGCAUGAGCAUGCAGACGAGGGACAUGCCCUACGACUCUCCCGGAAACAUCAGUCUCACCCGCUCGGAAGGCGAGGACGAUGAUUCGUUCCUUGUCAGGAGCACAUAUGCCCAGCUUGAGCGUAGCGGCGUUAAAGGUGAUGGGAUCGUGGAAGGUGUCGAGCGCACCCGUGCCAAGAUCGGGCCCAGCAGAGCGAGCGAGAUCAUGGCAGCCGAAGCUCUUGCCGACGCACGGGAGAAGCGGCGCGAGCUGAGUUCGCAGGAGGUCGAGAUGCUCGCCAGCCUCGACAGGUACGGCUUCUUCACGACGCCCUCGCAUGACCGACUCCUACUCCUGCCUACCGCCGCCUUUGGAAAGCCACUCGCCCGAAUAACGACGGGGUCGCCGUCCGCUUCCGCAGCGGCACGCACGUUACGAUCGGUACCGCCUCCGCAGCCCCCAAUACACGAAGAGGAGCGCAUGGAGAAGUGGGGACGGAUGCUUACACCCCGCGUACGUGAUGCGGGCGGUAAUGUGGAGAUGUGGGCUGUCCGGCAGAACAAGCAUCCCAAGCUGUUGAGGAGGGUGUACAAGGGCAUCCCCGAUCGUUGGCGAGCGGCGGCCUGGGCGGCGCUCAUGAGCGACUUUGCACACGCUGGGCCGGACGACUUGAAGAGACUCAAGUCACAGUACUUCCUGGACCUCGACAAGCCUAGCACCUUCGACGUGCAGAUUGACCUCGACGUACCAAGAACGAUCAGCGGACAUAUCUUAUUUAGGACAAGAUAUGGGCACGGGCAGAGGUCGUUGUUCCAUGUUCUGCAUUCGUUUUCACUGCACUGCAGCAAGUGUGGUUACUGCCAGGGCAUGGGCCCGUUGGCCGCCAUGCUCCUAUGCUACGUCGCACCCGAGCGCGCGUACGCGGCCCUGGUACAUCUACACGACGCCUACAACAUGCACGCCAUCUUCGCACCUGGCUUCCCUGGGCUCCUUGAGAGCAUAUACGUGCAAGAACAAAUCAUGGCACAGCUCAUGCCGCCCGUGUACGCCGCUUUCAAGAAGCACAUGGUCUCAACCACAAGCUAUGCCACGAAAUGGUACAUUACGCUGUUCGCGAAUAGUGUACCGUUCCAGACAAGCUUGAGGCUAUGGGACGCUUUCUUGCUUGAGGGCCAAGACUUGUUUGUCGUUGUUGCUAUAGCCAUCAUAUGGGCGUACCGAGAACACAUAACAUCCGACUCGGCCAACUUUGAGACUAUGCUCUCCAUGCUUUCCUCUUUCUUCGUACCUGAGGACGAGAACGCGCUCAUGACAUGGGUCGGCGUUGUACUCGCGAACAAGAAGUUGCGCGCCGACAUGAGCAGAUGGAGAACCGAAUGGCGCGAGUUAGUCAAGCAGGGCAAGGAGGGCGAUGCGUUGUUAUGA